AACUCUAUAAAUACUGGUACCAGCCUUCAAAUUUUCUUUCUUUCUGGACAACCACGCCACAAUCAAUCCAUCCCAAUUGUCUUGCUUCUUUUUCUCUAACCAUGACAGACUCCUAUGUGUGUUCUCUUUGUGCAGAGGAGCUCCGGGACCCCAUCACCAUCCCCUGUGGAGACACUUUUUGCCUUGAGUGCAUCAAAAUCUACUGGGACCAGGCCGACCAUGUUGGUGUCUACAGCUGCCCCCAUUGCCGGGCCACCUUCACCCCUCGGCCGGUCCUGCGUCGGAAUGUGCCCAACGUCGGUCCCCGUGAGCCUCCCUCGCCCUUGCCGGAGCUCGCACCCUUCCCGUACCUCAAGCGGGAAGCCCUAUGCGAUUUCUGCACAGGCCGGCGGAACCGGGCGGUCAAGUCGUGCCUGGUGUGUCUGGCUUACUACUGCGAGACGCACAUCAAGCCACACUACGAGUCAGCCACCUUCAAGCGGCACAAGCUGGUGGAUGAGACUGGCCACCUGGAUCGCAAAAUCUGCCCUCAGCAUGAGAAGGGCCUGGAGCUGUUCUGCCGCUCCGAUCAGAUGUGCAUCUGCGUGCUCUGCACAGUCAGGGAGCACCGCAGCCACAACACGGUCAGUGCUGAGGAAGAGCGUGCCGAGAAGCAGAAAGUGCUGGUGGUGACCCAGUCUGAAGUCCAGCACAUUAUCCAGGAACGCAUGAAGGAGCUGCAGGAGCUGAGACAUAAUGUGGAGGUUCUGAAAGGUAAUGCUCACCGGGCCCAAGCGGCCAGUGAUAAGAUCUUCAGUGAGAUGCUGCAGUCAGUGGAGCGCUGGCACGCUGAAAUCUGCCAGCUCAUUCAGGCUAACCUCCAAGCAGCCAUGGCUCAGGCCCAAGGAUACGUGGAGCGCCUGGAGCAGGAGAUCAUGGAGCUCCAGCGGCGAGAUGCAGAGUUACGGCAGAUACUUGAUACUGAGGACAACAUACACUUUCUACAGAAUUUUCCAGCUUUGUCCAUCGCCCCCGAGCCUAUGGUGCCUAAAGUCCUAAUAAACCCAGAGUUCUCCUUCGGUGAGGUCACUAAAACUGCGACUGACAUGAAAGAACACCUGGACGAUAUCUGCAAAAGAGAGCUGGGCAACAUGUCCAAAAAAGUGAGUGACAUCCCAGUCUAUGUGUUGAUCCCCAGGUCUGGAGGUCGUUUUAAAGCACCAACAAGAGCUGAUCUGCAGGAGCCCAAAACCAGAGCAGACUUCCUCAGAUACGCAGUCAGACUGACCUUUGAUCCAAACACCGCCUAUAAAGAGCUGGUCCUGUCCGAGGGGAAUCGCAGGGUGGUCCGGAAGCGCUCGGUGCAGUUUUACCCAGAUCAUCCGGAACGUUUUGAUGGCUUUUGCCAGAUUCUGUGUGCUGAGCCACUGAGCGGGUCCAGGCACUACUGGGAGGUGGAAUGGAACGGAGAGUUCUCCAUCGGCGUUGCCUACAAGAGCAUCAGCCGCAAAGGCAAGAAUUCCCACAGCCUUCUGGGAUACAACGACCGCUCCUGGAGCCUACUGUGCUCCGAGUCCGGAUACUCUGCCUGGCACAACAAGAUGGACAAAGACCUGCCAAUCUCGACCAGGGCCACGCGGAUCGGUGUAUAUCUGGACUUUCCUGGGAACUCUGUGUCUUUCUAUACUGUCUCAGAAUCCAUGGAGCUCAUCCACAGGUUCCAGGCCCGGUUUGUUGAGCCACUGUAUGCUGGAUUUGGAGUCGGGGCCUCAGUAUCCCUGUGCUCUCUGGAGAAACACACCUAGAACAUCUAAACCCCAGAAGUUGAAAGCUACUACUUUUGUUUUGCCAUCGUAUUUAAAUUUAAUUUUACACAUUUAAUUACUUCCUGAAUUACACAAUUAAUUGUAUUGCCAUUUACACUAUAUUGACAGCUUCAAAUCUGCACUUCUGACUAUCUUUUUAUUUCUCAGUCAAAAAAUGAAAAAAAUAUGGCAAAAAUGAAAAGAAUGUUCUUGACUGUAAGCACAAAUUUAAAUCACAACAAAGCAUCUCUUUUUCCACUUACAA